GGCACUGAUGGUUGACACUGAAAGGCAGCUCAGAUGGGCACUGAAAUGUGGCAUUGAUGUGCACUGGUAGGCACUGAUAUGUGGCAUUGAUGUGGCACUGGCAGGUGGCAUGGAUGAGCACUGACAGCUGGCACUGAUGACACUGAUGGACACUGACAGGUGGCACUACUGGGGGGGCUACACAGAUCAUGAGGGCACACUGAUCAUCAGUGCCUUGAUGCGGCUCUGCUCUCUUCUCAAGCUGUCAGCGAGACAGCUCGUGAGGAGAGAAAUGCCAAUAACCGGCAUUUCCCUAUUUACAUGUGAU